ACAAGUCUUAACUUCAGGGCCGGCAAAAUGCCCCAAAAAUAACCAGAGAACUCGGCCACCCGCCCAUCUCUUCUCAUCUCUCCCUCAAAGCAUUUCAUCAAACACUUGCCAUCCCUUCUCCUUCUCCUCCUCCUCCUCCUCCUCUUCAAUGGAGGCUCUCACCGAGCUCUGCGACCUCAUCGCCCAGAACCCCUCCCUCUUGGCCGACAAGCUCGCCUGGAUCUGCACCCGCUGCCCUCCGCCCACCACGCCGCGCCUCACCCGCUCCCACGUCCACGCCUUGCUCACCAUCACCCGCCUCCUCUCCAAGACCCCCUCCGCCCCGCCCUCCGCUCGCAUCCCCAUCCUCGACUUCGUCCGAUCUCUCCCUGCCUCCCUCUCCCGCCCCUCUUUCCUCCCUCAGCCGCAGGACCCUGUGGUUUUCUUUUCUGACUUCUUCUCCUACCUCUCCCUUGCUGCCGCGCUUUCCCCUGACUUCGCUUCCGAAUUGUCCCCCCUUCUUGGCCCUCUUCUCGUCUCCGCCGUCACCGAUCCCUCCAUUCCUCGCGCCUUCCUCUCCGCCGUCGCCUUGCAUUGCCCCCCGAUCCCCCCUUCUGACUCUGAUCGGGUUGUCGUUUCCCUUCUCGAGCUGUUCGGCUCCAAUGUUUUGGCCGAUGAGUCUGUGUCGGUGUCGGUUUCGAUGUCUUCCCUUUCGGAGAUCUCGUCCUCUUGGGGCUCGUCGGCUCAAAGCACGCCGUCCAAAGGCAAGGGUAAGGAGGAGGAUAGGGAUGUUGCAGACGAUGGGAUCAGCGAGGCCUCGGUUUCAUCGAAGCCUAAUGACACGAGUAAUGCGAGGAGUAGCGUGGACCAGAGUGACAGUGGAGGAGCGGUGAGGCAGGAUGUCUCGGCGCUUGAGGAGGAGUCUGUGGAAGCUUUGGAGAAGCAGGAGAUUGCUUUCCGGUUGUUUGGUCAAAUGCUUGGUCAGUCGGGUUCUGUUAAGGCCGGCCAUUUGGAGCAGGUCAGGAAGGUAGCGACGAAGCAGCUCAAAUCUUUGCCGGGUUUUCUGAAGAUUCGAAAGCGGGAUUGGGGGGAUCAAGGGGCACAGCUGAAGGCGAGGAUCAAUGCAAAGCUGUCUGCUUGCCAAGCAGCAGCCUUGGUCCAGAUUAAGAGCGUUUUAUCUCUUGAUUCUGAUGGGAAGACGACAAAGGAUCUGCUGCGAAGAACACUAGCAUUGCUUUUGGAUGCUGCAGAGGCAUGCAUUCUUUGUUCGUGGCGGAAGCUGAAGAUCUGUGAAGAGUUGUUUAACACCCUUGUAAGUGGAAUUAGCCAGAUAACAGUCACACGUGGGGGACAACUGCUGCGGGUUUUGCUUAUUCCGCUGAAGCCACUUGUUCUAACCACAUGCGCUCGGGCUGAUAUGUUGGGCAGCAAUCAGGGGUUGAUGUUUGUGACUGUUACAAAACUAAGUUGUGAAAUAAUUGAAUUUGGAUGGAGCAAAGAUAGGGCCCUUGUUGAUACUUUCAUCAUGGGAUUAGCUGCAUGCAUUCGCGAAAGGAAUGACUAUGAGGAGCAGGAAGGGAGAGACAAACCAGCAGUUCCUGUUUUGCAGCUAAAUCUUAUUCGAUUGCUUGCUGAUUUGAGUGUUUCUGUUAACAAGUGGGAAGUGGUAGACAUGAUAUUACCAUUGUUUAUUGAAAGCUUGGAAGAGGGUGAUGCAUCUUCUCCGAGUCUGUUGCGUCUCCGUUUACUUGAGGCUGUAUCUUACAUGGCUUCCUUGGGUUUUGAGAAAUCCUAUCGUGAGACUGUUGUUCUUAUGACACGAAGCUACUUAGACAAGCUUAAAAGCGUAGGCUCCGCUGAAAGCAAUACAAUGGCUCCUGAGGCUACUACUGAGCGGGUAGAGACUCUUCCUGCUGGGUUUCUUCUUGUUGCUUCUCGACUCAUCAGGCCAAAAUUGAGAUCAGACUUCCGUCAUCGGCUUUUGUCAUUGUGCUCUGAUGUGGGUCUGGCUGCUGAGUCCAAGAGCGGAAGAAGUGGUGCUGAUUUUCUGGGCCCUUUACUCCCCGCUGUAGCUGAAAUAUGUUCAGAUUUUGAUCCAGCCUCAAGCGUUGAACCUUCUCUGUUAAAAUUGUUUCGCAACUUGUGGUUUUAUAUUGCCUUGUUUGGGCUAGCACCUCCUAUUCAGCAAAAUCAGCUUCCAACAAAAUCUGUUUCUACCUCAUUGAAUAGUCUGGGUAGCAUGAGUGCGAUUGCUCUUCAGUCUGUGGCUGGACCAUACAUGUGGAACAAUCAAUGGUCUUUAGCAGUUCAACGCAUUGCGCAAGGAACUCCUCCACUUGUUGUUAGCUCUGUGAAAUGGCUUGAAGACGAAUUAGAGCUCAAUGCUCUCCACAACCCUGGGAGCCGUCGAGGAAGUGGCAACGAGAAAGCUGCUGUAGUUCAGAGAGCUGCUCUUUCUGCUGCUUUAGGAGGCAGAGUUGAUGUAGCAGCAAUGGGAUCAAUUUCAGGUGUCAAAGCAACAUACCUUCUUGCGGUUUCAUUUUUGGAGAUAAUUCGUUUUAGUUGUGGUGGUGGCUUGCUGUCUUCUUCCAAUACCUCAGGAAGUGCUUUCAGCUGCGUGUUUGAAUAUUUACUCACCCCAAACUUAAUGCCAGCUGUCUUUCAGUGUUUGACAGCAAUUGUUCACAGGGCUUUUGAAACCGCAGUGGCAUGGCUGGAUGAAAGAAUUUCUGAAACUGGGAAAGAAGCUGACAAGAGGGAAUUAGUUCUUUCAUCUCACACAUGCUUUCUUAUAAAAAAUCUCUCACAAAGGAAUGACCAUGUUCGUGACAUCUCUGUUAGUUUAUUCACUCAGCUGAAAGACAGAUUUCCACAGGUUAGCUCAUAUCUGCACACAACUCCUUUACUUAAACCUUUGAUCUUUAUGAAUAAUAUGGAUAAAAGUCGGAGACUUAUACAGGUUUUGUGGAAUUCUUCUUGCUUGGAUUCACUUCUUGUUUCGGUUUAUAAUGAACUGCCUUCUGCUCUUGUCAAUGAUCCUGCUUGGGUUGCUACUGUCCGCUCUUUGUAUCAAAGGAUUGUUAGGGAGUGGAUCACUGCCGCACUUUCAUAUGCUCCAUGUACUACACAAGGACUUCUGCAGGAAAAUCUUUGUGAGCUAAAUGCAUGGCAGAGAACACAACAUGCAACUGAUAUGGUUUCUCUUUUAUCUGAAAUACGCCUUGGUACUGGGAAAAAUGUGUGUUGGACGGGAAUAAGAACUGCGAAUAUUCCAGCUGUUUUAGAUGCUGCUUCAGCCGCUUCAGGAGCCAAAAAAGACGUAUCAGAAGGUUUCAUCUUGGAAGUGCUAUCAACUGCUAUAGUGAGUGCCACAGUGAAAUGCAAUCAUGCUGGGGAGAUUGCUGGUAUGCGAAGGCUGUAUGAUACCAUCGGAGGGUUAAAUGCUUCGCCGAUAAAUUUUGGACUUGGUGGUGGCCCUCAAUCUUUGAAAGCAGGAGUGCCCUCUGCACAAGUGCAGACAGAUUCUUUCAAUGAAAUUCUUCUUAACAGAUUUGUUCAGCUUCUUCAACAUUUUGUUGCCACAGCAGAGAAAGGUGGAUCUGUGGAAAAAUCUCAAUUUCGUGAGUCAUGUUCCCAGGCCACUGCUUUGCUUCUGUCUCACAUGGGCUCUGCAUCCAAAGUGAAUCUGGAUGGAUUCUCACAGCUACUUCGGCUACUUUGUUGGUCUCCUGCUUAUAUUUCGACCCCGGAUGCAAUGGAGACUGGAAUUUUUAUUUGGACAUGGCUAGUCUCUGCAGCACCUUCACUUGGUCCUCUUGUACUUGCUGAGCUUGUGGAUGCGUGGUUAUGGACCAUAGAUACAAAGAGGGGUCUUUUUACAUCAGAAAUGAGAUUUUCUGGGCCAGCAGCUAAAUUGAGGCCCCACCUUAUUCCUGGAGAGCCAGAUGCACCGCCUGAAAAGGAUCCAGUUGAAGGACUUAUUGCUCACAGACUUUGGCUGGGUUUUUUCUUUGACCGGUUUGAGGUUGUUCGACAUGAUAGUGUGGAGCAACUAUUACUUCUUGGUCGAAUGUUGCAAGGAACCAUGAAAUCUCCUUCUCAUUUUUCUCAUCAUCCUGCUGCUACUGGUACUUUCUUCACGGUGAUGCUCCUUGGUCUGAAGUUCUGCUCAUGUCACUCCCAGAUUAAUCUGCAGAAUUGUAAAAUGGGACUUCAGUUAUUAGAGGAUCGAGUUUAUCGGGCUGCUUUGGGAUGGUUUGCUUAUGAACCAGAGUGGUAUGAGGCAAAUAAUAAAUCUUUUGCCCAAAGUGAGGCCCAUUCUGUUUCACUUUUUGUCCAUCAUCUGGUUAAUGAACGAGUGGACAUUGUGUCAACAGAUUUAUCUUCUAAAGGAAGAGGAUUUGAAGCUGAAUCAAAUACCAUGACUGAACUUUGCCAUCCAGUUUGGGGUCGUAUGGAUAACUAUUCUUUAGGGAGAGAAAAGCGAAAACAAUUGCUUAUAAUGCUAUGCCAACAUGAGGCUGACAGGCUUGAAGUCUGGUCACAGCCUUUGAAUAUGAAAGAGAACACAUCUUCACGUUCUAAAAUUAGCUCAGACAAAUGGGUUGAACAUGCCCGGACUGCAUUUACUGUGGAUCCUCGAAUUGCUAUUUCCCUAACAUCACGAUUUCCCACCAACUCAUCUAUAAUAGCUGAAGUAACACAAUUAGUUCAAAUGCACAUACUAGAGAUCCGCACUAUACCUGAAGCCUUGCCAUUUUUCAUGACACCAAAGGCUGUUGAAGAAAAUUCUGUUCUUUUGCAGCAAUUACCACACUGGGCUUCUUGUUCCAUUACUCAGGCACUUGAGUUCCUAACCCCACCAUUUAAGGGUCAUCCUCGUGUAAUGGCUUAUGUUCUUCGAGUUCUGGAAUCCUAUCCGCCUGAGCGGGUGACGUUUUUUAUGCCACAGCUAGUACAGGCACUUCGGUACGAUGAAGGAAAAUUAGUUGAGGGGUAUUUGCUUGGAGCCGCUCAAAGGAGCAACAUCUUUGCCCACAUAUUGAUAUGGAAUCUUCAGGGUGAAUCCCUUCCAGAAUUUGAAAAGGAUGGUGUUGGCAAGAAUAAUUCCUUCCAAUCAAUCCUCCCAAUUGUAAGACAGAGAAUAAUUGAUGCAUUUACUCCUGAGGCACGUGACUUGUUUGAAAGAGAGUUUGACUUUUUUGACAAAGUUACAUCUAUCUCCGGUGUUCUUCUUCCACUACCCAAGGAAGAGCGUCGUGCGGGUAUAAGGAGGGAGCUGGAAAAAAUUACUAUGGAAGGUGAGGAUCUCUAUCUACCUACUGCCACAAAUAAACUUGUUCGUGGUAUCCAAUUGGACAGUGGAAUUCCCCUUCAGUCAGCUGCCAAAGUUCCGAUAAUGGUCACAUUCAAUGUGGUAGAUCGGGAUGGAGAUCCUAAUGUUCUACAGUCACAAGGUUGCAUCUUCAAGGUUGGAGAUGAUUGUCGACAAGAUGUUCUUGCCCUUCAAGUGAUUGCUCUUCUCAGGGAUAUAUUUGAAGCAGUUGGGCUAAAUCUUUACUUAUUUCCAUAUGGUGUUCUGCCAACUGGACCUGGUAGAGGGAUAAUCGAGGUUGUUCCUAAUACCCGGAGCAGAAGUCAAAUGGGAGAAAUUACUGAUGGUGGCUUGUACGAGAUUUUUCAGCAAGAUUUUGGACCUGUGGGUUCUUCCGCUUUUGAAACUGCCCGUGAAAUGUUUAUUGUCAGUAGUGCUGGUUAUGCUGUUGCCAGCCUUCUUCUUCAACCUAAGGAUCGACACAAUGGAAAUCUACUGUUUGAUAGUCAGGGAAGGCUUGUCCACAUUGAUUUUGGCUUUAUAUUGGAAACGUCACCUGGAGGCAACAUGCGGUUUGAAAGCGCACAAUUCAAGUUGAGUCAUGAAAUGACCCAAUUACUUGACCCUCCUGGUACAAUGAAAAGCGAGACAUGGACUCAAUUUGUCAGCCUGUGCGUGAAAGGUUAUCUUGCAGCGCGGCGACACAUGCACGGGAUCAUAACUACAGUGCUUCUGAUGGUUGACAGUGGCCUGCCAUGCUUUAGCAGGGGUGACCCAAUAGGUAAUCUCCGGAAGCGAUUCCAUCCCGAGAUGAACGACCGCGAGGCAGCUAAUUUCAUGAUUCGUACUUGCAUGGAUGCCUACAAUAAGUGGACGACCGCCGGCUAUGACUUGAUUCAAUAUCUACAGCAGGGGAUUGAGAAGUAGAUCUUGUAUAACUUGGUAUGUUGUAUUAUAAAUUCUCCGAGGAGGUGGUCUAAUUUCAUGUCGAUGUUCUAAUGCCAAUUUGUGUUUAUUUAUCUGUAGACGUUAGAAGAUUGAAGGGAUAUGUGAAUCUCGGAUAAUAGCCUGAAAUUUACUAGUUGAGUUAUGCCUGA